AAGCACGAGGUUUUCGUGCAUGGUUAAAACGUGGUCAGUUUUCGUCAUUCAGCUUUGGGAACUCGCACGGUAUACAUGUUAUUUUUCGGCUGGGGUUUACACAAUGGACGACAUGGAGCGAGCCACGUGUUCGGAAGACAUAAAUAACAAUUUAAAGGAAAUUCUGUUUGAAUUAAAGAAACAGCAAGUUGAUAUAACUUCUUUGAGUUAGUUUACCAGUGUCGUCUAAACAAGACCAUAAUGACAUUAAAUGGAAAUAUGAAGGAAACAAACAGCAAUAUGAUUUGAAUUGUGAUGUCCAAGAAGGAAUCAAGCAAUGCAUGUGGGCAAUUGAAAACCAGAAAAGCGACUACGCAAAGGAAGUUUUAUCGGAGGUUGCCAAGAAAAUUCACACGAGAAAUAAACACAUAAGGAUGGCGGAAACGUCAGAAGGCGGGUGGGAAACUGUCAAACAGUAUGAACAGAACCCCCUCGCGAGUGACUCAGAUGACGAGUCGAGAAUCAAUAGGGCGGAUUCUAAAGCUCUAAAGAAAAAGGUUAAGCAGGCGAAGUUAAAGAAAAAGCCAGCCGUCCUGUAUGGACACUCGAACGCACUCCGUCAGUUGCUUGAGGGACAGGCAGGAACACGUCCGGCGCCGUACCCGUUACCACAGAGGCCCACACCACCGUCGAUUGGUUCUUUUCGUGGCUACUCUGGAUGGGGUCCCCAGCUCGGGCCAUGCUUCGCGUGUGGACAGGUCAGUCACAUCCGGCGGACGUGCCCCACCACCAGAGGGCAGCAAGCGAGCGCUCAGGCCAGGAAGUACUGAUGCCACUGAGGCGAGCCCACCCGUGACCGAAAGUGCUGUAUUUAAAGAUGAGUAUUACAUUCAUGAACAAAAUGACAGAUUUACUUAUGAUUAUUUUAUUUACGAGCAAGGUCAGAAAGACAUUAUUGUUAAAAAUAGAUUGAAAGAACAUAUCCAAUUUUUUAAAAACAUUGGCGCCAAUCAAUUUAUUAUUUAUUCUAUAGAACACG